AUGUCGGUCACAAAGGCCUACUUUAAGGCUAUUCUAGUCUUGAUUUCUGUUUUUACAAGAAUAAAGGCACAGUCAUGUGAAGAUAUUUUUACAGGAAAAGCCGCUCCGCGAGCAGACUGUUCCCACAGCCAUGAUAUUGCUGAAAUGAACCUCGCAUGCAGAAUAGAUCUUGCAGUUACGCCUGUUAGUGAAACAGCGUUAAGAAUUCUAGACCAGGCGUUAAAUAGCAAUGUGAAAUUAUGCUUUGGAUGUCCCGAGGAUGACUUUUUAGGUCAAUGUAACACCGUCAUCGCCUGUCAUCCACACACAGUGUGUUACAACGAAACGCAUUCGGACGAUCAUCACACAAGGCAUAUGUAUGGUUGUAUCUGGGAAUCCAACAACGUGAACUUGAACGGUCACCAUUGCAGUCAACCAAACCAUGGGAGUAAUUCUGGAACAAGAACAUGCAACAGCAAAUUGUGUAACGGAGAACCCCAACAUCUCAUUCAAAUCGAAAAAUUACUGGAUUCAAUUAGAACGACCACUACAACUACAACACCGACAACCACGACCACAACACCGACAACCACGACAACAACACCGACAACCACCACCACAACACCGACAACCACGACAACAACACCGACAACCACGACCACAACACCGACAACCACGACCACAACUCCCACAACCACGACUACAACUCCCACAACCACGACUACAACUCCCACAACCACGACUACAGUUCCCACAACCACAGUCCCCACAACCACGACCACAGCUCCCACAACCACAACUCCGAUAAUCGAAACCACACCUCCAACCACAAAACGAAUUCCCACAACACAAAAGACUAGCGGUACAACUGCCAGCACAAUUCCCACAGAACAAUCCUAUUCUACUUUAAAAUCGGCCAGUCUUUCUACAACAUCAGUCCCAGUUGUAACAACUCGAAGUACACCUCGCCCACCAACACCAUGCAAGGAAGGAAACGGUACAUUGAUGUGUGUUGACCAGUACGACCCUCCACAUUUUGAAUGUGAACAAUACCACCAAGAGAACGACCUCUGUUCGUGGCAAAGCUCCACAGGUCAUGCCCUCGCUGUAGACAAGUGUCCUCAGUACUGUGGCUUUUGUGACGAAUAUUGCCAGAAACACUACAAUCCCAUAUCAGGUACAGGAAUGACUAGUACUGUAACCACACAGCCACCGACAACACAAUCGACUGCCCCAGCAAACUCUGGUCGUAACUGUAUGGUAUGUGGCUCCGAAGCAGAUGGAUUACCGUGCACUGUGCGACAAACAUACUACAACUCUUCUCGGCAGUGUCCCACUGGUAAAAGCUUCUGUAUGACGUCAGUCUUCGUGGACGAGUCCGGAUAUUCAAGCGUAUACAAAACGUGUGUUGACGAGACUACGUGCAAUGACAAGUGGUUGUCUUUCUCCUCCGACAACGACUACUGUCUGUCCUAUGGCAAAGUGAACAUAGCAGGGAAGUACGAGUGUCAUUUCUGUUGCACUGUUGACGAUUGUAACACGGACGUGUACCCGUCCUCCCACAUGUACGUAGGUUAA